CCUGGAUUACCCUUGACCCUUAGACAUCCCGUAGCGUUAUCUUGUCGCUCUCGCUUCUUGCCCUCUUCCCUCUCCCCUGUAACUGGUUACUAGACUGUCCUGAUUCCACCGUCUGGAAUCCGCCUCUUCUUCGCCAUCAGCAUCCCUCUCAGCCCCACCAUUGCUCCUCUCACCACCGCCGGCCAGCAGACACAGCUACGACCGCUCCCACGCCCCGGCAAUAGACGGUGUCACGCACCCAUCCGCACGUCGCACCCCGCCACUUUGCAGCAACGCACCUCGCGGCGCAGAGCUCCAUUCCAUUACCCUUCCGCCCAUUUGUUGACAACACCCGACACGACAUCCUUCUUCUGUACUCUUCACAUCGAUCCAUACUCUUAUUCAUCCCGCCUUUCGCCGCCGAGCGCGCCCUAACUGGGAAACGAUUGUAAUAAAUCGAUUAUUGAUCCGCGCUCUCCGCCCAUCAUCGGUGAAUAUUAACCUUAACUCAACAACACAUACCGGGACUCAACACAUUACUCGUCAACAUUCUUUCAUCUUCGAACAUGGCACAAUCGGCCGACUCUGCCUGCGGUCCGUCGAACAUGCGUCCCACACCUCCUCCUCUGGCUGUACCCUCCUCCGUCCAACACGCUUCUUCCGCCACUAACUCUCUCAGCGCUUCCCAAGCUUCUCAAGCCACAUCCGUUCUUACAGACGACGAGGAGGAUCUCGAAGAUUAUAGACCAGGAGGUUAUCAUCCAGUUAACAUUGGUGACGAAUUUAACAAUGGACGGUAUAGAAUUGUGCGGAAAUUGGGAUGGGGUCAUUUUUCGACUGUUUGGCUGGCUAGAGAUAACGUCGCAAACCGCCAUGUUGCUCUCAAAGUAGUCAAAUCUGACGGACACUACACCGAAACAGCUUUAGACGAAAUUCAGCUUCUUCAACGGGUCGUCAGUUCUGCACCUGGCCACGCCGGACGGCAUCACGUCCUCGACCUUCUCGAUAGUUUCCGCCAUACAGGACCUAACGGUUCUCACGUCUGCAUGGUCUUUGAAGUCCUUGGUGAAAACCUCUUGGGCUUAAUCAAGCGGUAUCAACACCGAGGCGUUCCUCAACAUAUCGUCAAACAAAUCGCUAAACAAGUCUUGCUCGGUCUCGACUAUCUCCAUCGCGAAUGCCGUAUCAUCCAUACUGAUCUGAAACCUGAAAAUGUCCUGAUCUGUAUCGACGACGUCGAGUCUGUCGUGCAAGCCGAACUUGCAAGCUGCCCCGCUGCCGUCCCUACCAAACUCGUCGGUGUUCCUCCUUCCCAAGGCCGAUUAGGUAACCAAACACCUCGAAAAGAUGGCAUCUUCAUCGUUGGAUCUCAACCACUGCCUAGUCCUAGCUCAAGCUACUCAAGUAGUCCCAUGCUAGACAAGUACGGGUUCGGUAUGAGCAAGAUAUCAGGGGCGAGUGCCGCUAAAGCCGGAAAUCAACCUAGCGGUGUCGGUGGACCUUCUUAUCCCCCUACGCAACCAAAAAAGAGCGCGACAACCGAGGCGAUCGGCACUGAUUUAGAAAACGUCAAGCUCGGAGAAGGAAGCUCGUUAAAAUGGGAAAAAACCGCCACCCCGGCGCCUGCCCCUCCGAAAGGACCGUCUUUGCUCUCCCAGCAACUGCAUCACCCUCCCGCUUCCCCGCCGCUCAACCCCUCCGUCCCAUCUGGCUCUGCUAGCGUCUCAACCAACCAUACAAUCAACACCGCAACCGACGAAACUGAAGUUUCCACACCCGCUACCACACCUGAUCACGUCACCCGCCUCUCUGACGAACGUGCACCCGAAGCUGGGGACCCGACCACCCUCCCGCCCCCGUUUCCUUAUGACCCGGUUAGUUUGGAGAGGAUAACGGUCAAGAUAGCGGAUUUGGGGAAUGCUUGUUGGGUGGAUCAUCAUUUCACGAAUGAUAUUCAGACAAGACAGUAUCGGUGUCCGGAGAUUAUCCUUGGGACAAGAUGGGAUGAGUCCGUUGACAUGUGGAGUGCGGCAUGCUUGUUCUUUGAGCUUUUGACAGGUGAUUACCUGUUUGAUCCUCAACCUGGCGUCAAAUACGACAAAGACGACGACCACAUUGCACAAAUCAUGGAAUUAUUGGGUGAGAUGCCGCGAUCACUAGCUUUAUCCGGAAAAUACAGCCAUGAAAUUUUCAACCGUCGGGGUGAACUCCGGCAUAUUAACCGACUCCGUUUUUGGCCCCUAACCUCCGUCCUCAAAGAAAAAUACCUCAUGGAACACGAGGACGCUGAACUCUUAUCUUCCUUCCUCAUGCCAAUGCUUGCUUACCUUCCGGGCCAACGAGCGAAAGCGUCAGAUUUGUUGAACCACCCAUGGUUGGAAGGGGUGGUGGUGCAAGGCGAGUUGGAGAUGGCGCAAAGUCUGCAUAAGAGCUGAAUCGGAGAGGAUACGGCGGGAAGAGGAGACGAAGUGAGAACAAGAUAGAGAAGGGGGGAAAGCAGCCAAGAAGUUCAAGAAGUUUAAGAAAAGGGGCUGAUUAUAGAAGACACCAAUUUAUUCAACGUAGACUUUUUUAUCUUUAUUCUAUUUUCCUUAAUUCCUCUUUAUCAUCUCACCUUUUCGCGGGUUAUACCCUUUACUACCCCUCGGUCCCAUUAUUCCUCCUCUUCCACUCUUCUCUCAUUCUGUUUCUCCGAUUUUCCCACUUAAUCGAGAUAGGAUACUUUGUGUAAUCAAGGUUGUUUAUUUUAUGCUUUCCGGAAUGGGCUCUUGUCGUCUCUCGUCUUUUUUUCACUUGUGUCCUUUUUCUUUCUUUUGGACGCCUCUUUUUGAAGGUUACUAUAUGGUAUUCUAGUUAUUCUAGUCAUUUGGUACCUUCUUCUAUACGAUUUAUGAAUACAUUUGGGGAUGGG